AAGACACCCCAAAUCGCAUUUCACUGUUCAUUCGACGUCAGUAUCGAAAAUUGAAUUAUGGUUUAACAAAGUGUUUGAAAUAAAAACAAUUAUGCAUUUCAAAAGUGCUGUUAUUCUUUGUGCGCUGUACUUCGUAACCGUGACACAGAGUAUCGGACUCUCUAGAAUGCAAAUCAACGAUAUCAUUGAUGUAUUCGGUAAUUACAAAUAUUGUGAAAACGAACUUCCCAUGGAAAAAGUUUUGGAAAUAACAAAAAUAUUGGGUUUGAAAGAUAUGUCAGCUUUUGAAUUCAAAAAAGAUAUGAACAACAAUCAAACACUACAAGAUCUUUUGGUAUUUCUGGCCAAUAACGAUAAGAAAUCUGACGAUUGGAUGUUCCGAAUUUUAACAUCUUUCGAAGUACAACUUUUAGUUAGCCUGUUCGAGGCACAAGACCGAAUGGGCAAUAACGAUGGUCUACUUGAGUACAGCGAAGUAUUACAAGUCAUUGAUGCUUUAAUGCUAGAAAGUAAAGUCAGAAUGCUUUUAAAAGCACGAUUUCAAGAAGGUGAUAAAACAAUUAACGCCGCGGAGUUCUUAAAAGGCUACCUGGUCGCAAAAAAAAGUGGAAAAGGGUUAGACAAGAAACAGGUUGAAGAGCUGAACAACAUUAAAAAUCACAAAAAAGUUGACGAACACAUUGAUGAUGUUGAAAUAACAAACUUUUACAAAAAAUUAUCUAUAGUUAAAGAUGAGUACAAUAGCCUUGUGGAUUUGAAGACCACUCGAACGGCUCCAUUCGUGUUGCAAGAGCUUAUGGUUAACUCCUCAGAAUACUACUACAGAGAGAUUAACGAAAAACAAGGGUACGUAUCUCCUAACGCUUCAAUUGACGAAGGUUUAGACAACUUAUCUGUGCACAACAUCGACAAAAACGGUGUACUCGGAAUGAAAGAACCCGAAGGAAUUGCAAAACAUCAUUGUCAGAACAAAGACUGUGAAACUAUUCAAGAACACCAUAACAAUGAAAACAUUCUAUUAAAGUUACAAGAUCAGUUGGAUAUUUUAGCAGAACUCGAUAUAGAGGCCGACGAAGAAGCUGAAAACGUAUCUUCUAUCACUUCAAUUGACGAAGGUUUAGACAAUUUAUCUGAGCACAACACUGACAAAAACGGUGUACUCGAAAUGAACGAAAAUGAAGGAAUUGCAAAACGUCAUUGUCAGAACAAAGAGGCCGACGAAAAUGCCGUAUAUACUACCACAUCAGUUCGAGAUCUUCUACAGAAAUUCGCUGACCUUGACAACAAUAGUAACGGUGGACUCAGUAACACCGAACUUAUAAACAUUGUAAAAAUGGUUUCCCCGAACGAAAACGUUGACAGUUUUAUUGAUAAGUUCGAUAACGACGGCAACCAUAUAUUGGACAUCCUGGAGUUCUUCGGGGCGGCAGUGAAAUCAGAUUAUAUAUUAAUGAAACGAUAUAGUGAUGAAGAGAGUGAUGAGAUUGAUUGGAGUGAUGAGAGUGAUGAGAUUGAUUGGAUUGGUGAGUGUGAUGAGAGUGAUGAGAGUGAUGAUAGUGAUGAUAGUGAUGAGAGUGAUGAGUAUGAUUGGAGUGAUGACAAUGACGAGAAUGUCAAAAAAGACGAGUAUGAUGAGAGGUAUAUAAAUAAUAAAACUCAUGUGUAAGGGUUAUGUGAGAUU